AGCGUGCCCGCGUCUGGCGCUGUCAGCGCGACGCGCCGCGACGGGAGCGCCGGCAUCUCGUGCCAUUCGUGCGCCUCCUCGCAGCGCCGUCCUUCCUCACCGCCACACCCACGCCUCCUCCGCGCGAGCCCCUCCUCGGCGCACAUGACCUCUCCGGCGCCGGCCAGCGCACCCAGCGCGCCCGGCGCGUCGCUGCGCAAGCGCGGCCAUGCGCGCCGCACCUGCCUCGAGUGCCGCGCCAAGCGCACGCGCUGCGACCUGCCCGACGCCAACGUGCCCUUCUCCAACGUCGCGCUGCCGCCGGAGCGCAUGUGCCACCGCUGCAAGAUGCUCGGCGUCAGCUGCAUCGUCAGCGAGGACGGCCUGAAGCGCAAGAAGCCGGCUGAUGCCGCCGCGGCGGGCGACGAGAGCCUCGAUGCCAGCACGAGUGCCAGCGGCAGCGCGCCGCCGCCGCCGCGCAAGGCGCCCGGCUCGGCCAAGAAGGCUCGCACAUCCACCGAUGCCAAGGCGGCGGAGCGGCGCGUGCCUGGCCCGGGAUCGGCCACGUCUCCUCAGGGCCCAGCUGCGGCGCUCGGCGACGGCGCGAGCAACUACAACGGCGCGCUGUGGAGCCGCAACUUCAGCCUCUUCCAGGACCUGCCAGCGCAGAGCGAGCACGAGGCGCUCGACUCGCCGCGCUCCAAUGGCCACACCCGCGGCCACAGCAGCCUCACGCAGGGCGGCGAGGCGGGCUCGUAUGCCGGCGCCUCGGGCUCGGGUCAGCUCGGCCACUACAACGACAACAACUCGCCGAGCGACGCCUCGCCUGCCGCGACGCACGACGGCGCGCCGCUGCUGCAGCAGGAGAAACUGAAGAGCGCAGGUCUCUUUGCGCGCAGGCCGUUUGCUCUCCUCAGUGAGCUGCUGCUGCACCACCAGGGCUUCGCGGAGGGCAUCAGCAGUGUCGGCAGCAAGACGUGCCCGCGAGACGUGUUGGAUGUGGUGGAUGCGCGCACGGCCGAGGUCAUUGAAGCACGUGCACUGCCCCACUUGCUCUACUUCCCUGCCCUGCCGACACUCAAGGAGCUGCGCCGCAGCUACAGCAAGGCGGCGACGCUCUCCGCCGGCCUCCUCCUCUCCACGCUCUACCUGCUGUCGCUGCCCGUCUCGCUCGCCGGCUCCCUCUCGCCGCCUCUGCACGCCCUCGUGGCGCGUGACGCCGCGUCAGUGCUGUCCUCUGCGCCGCGCGACCUGCGCGCCGUCGCAGCGCUCGAGCUGCUGGCAGCACACCUGCCGAUGGCCCUCUCGCAAGCCCCGCCCGCUCGCGGCUCGCUGCGACGGCCCGGCGCACGCUUCUCCGGCGAAGGCUUCCUGUCGACUGCGAUUACAAUCGCCAUGGCGCUCGGCCUCGACGACGCGCCGCGAGAUGUGCUGCGCCUGCGCGAGCGUCUCUCGCGCCUGCACUCUAGCGAGACGGCCCUGCGGGAGGCUCUCGAGAACGACCUGCGCGGCGCUGAGGAGGAUGCGACGCAGUGGUACUCUCUGCACGUCCUGCGCUGCCACUCCGCCUGGUCCGAUCCAUGCGUCCGCUGUCCGCCGAUCGCAUCGCCUGGCAUUCAGGUCGCCUCGAUUCUCACAGAGUGCGGGCGGGUGCCAGAGGACAGUGCCGAGUCUGCGGAGCUGCGCUUUGCCGGACGGACUGGCCUGGCGUGCCGCCUCACGCAGCUCGAGGCUGUGCAUGCCUCCUGGCAGAACGUCAAUGAGGAGACCGCGCGGGCCGAGCACGAAGUGUUCGAGGCGCGGCAGGCUGGACGACGCCCUCACCGAGAGUACUCGAGCGUCGUCGGCGAUGCGCUCACCGCCUUCACCAAGAUCGCGGACCGACUAGACGCGGAUCGAUCGCGCCGCAUGCUCCCGCUUCGCUCGCAUCCGCUCGUUGACCGGCUCAUCGACUGGAUCGAGAUGGAGGUCAACCUGGCCAAGGCGCUGCUGCUGAACCACGGCUUUACGCGCGUGCUGCUGGGCCCCGACGGCUGGCACCACAUCCCGCCAGAGACGCGGCGCCGCAUGACGCAGUCCGAGGUCAACGCUGUCCGCAUCAUCGCCAGCAUUCGCGACACGCCGACGAUCCUGCAGUUUGCGCAGGUGUGGGGCACCCAAGGACAGGACACCAACGAGAAGGCGCUCGUCGCUCUGCUGGGUUGCUGUGCUCCCUUCAAGCGCGGCAAUCUGAAGCGCGGUGCAGGCGGCGAUGCGUUGGCGCACACCGUCGGGCUGCCAGUGCUUCUCAUGUGCGCCGCCGCCGUCGACACUGCCAAGUCGUGCACCGAGUCGCAGGCGGCGACGAUCGUCGGCUGGCGCAGCACGAGCCCGCGACACGACAGCCUGGUGGUCAUCAUGCGCCAGGUCGAGGCGUGCAUGCACGAUGCAGUCUCGCACGGCGACGGCAGUGCGCCGAGUAUCGAGGCCCGCGUGCGCGAGGGCAACCUGCUCGCCACGAGCGGCAUCCUCGUCGGCUCCAUGGCCAACGCGAUGGAGGAGUGGAAGAGCAUCCUCUCGCGGCGCAAGCAUCUGCGUGCCGACUCGCCGCCGCCGGAGCACUCUGCAGUGUCGGCGAUGCUCGAGCUCGGUGGCGGCUCGGCGCAGGCAGCCGAGCCGAAGCAGCAAGGCCAGGCGGAUCAGCCGCCUGCACCCUAUCAACAGCCCGCAGCGCACUACAACUACCAAUCGCCACAGCAGUAUGCCAUUCCGCCACCUCACGCGCCACAGUACCCGCCCAUGACGGCCCCGCCACCGCAUCAGGCCGGUCCGUACCCGCCGCCGCAGUUCGAGCCUCACAUGCAACACGCGGCUCCGCAGCAGCAGCCGCAGCAGCUCCAGCAGACGCAACCGCAACAGCAGCAGCAGCAACAGCUCUUCGCACAGCCGUCGGCGACGUCGAGCAGUGUUGAAAUGAUGCUGGGCGAUCUGCUCGGCGGCCAUGCGCCCGACUGGGCCACGCUGCUCACCGAGCCCGAGCCGUCGGCCAGCCACUCGGCGUGGCACCCUGCCUGGGCGCCGCAGCCGCCGCAGCCGCCGCCGAGCAGCAGUGCUGCUGGACCGCAUGCCUGAGCCUCCUUGUACUUGUCUCUCUCUCUUUCCCGCUCGUACCCCGUCGUCUGUCACCCACGCAAUGCUACCCUUCAUACCUG